CUUACAUCAAGUCUUGGAAUUGAUAUUUGAUCGAAUUAUUGAACUUGAUACCGAAGUUCAAGGAAAGAUUGAAGAAAUUGAGGAUAUGGAGAAUGCAUCGACCAAGUAUGAAUUAAGCUUAUAUUCGGACCAAGGUAGUCAAUCAAGCUGUGCUUCCUCUGUUUACGGAAAAUCAAGGUUCAAUUCUCCGAACGGUUCUUAUAAUGGUGACUUUGAUUACGGUUCUGAAGAGGAGAGUUUGGAUAUUGAAGAUUCUGCACCUUCUAUUGUCGCUCUUGAUAUUGGUGAAAUGAUUGAAAAAUUGGAUUGUAUGAUUAAACUAGUUUUUGAUUAUCUUAAAUGGUUUUUUGAUAAAGGAACAAAGGGCGAACGAGAUGAUUUAUUUGAUACCCUUAUGACAAUUUUUGAGGAAAAUAUCUUAUACACUUUUAAAUCUCGGUAUAUUCAAUUCAUAAUUUUUUGGUAUGUUUCGUUGGAUAAAUCAUACCCAAGGCAAUUUCUUUCAUUGCUUCUCGAUAAAAUACUUAAUAACAAAGAACCUGAAAUAAUAAGAGAGGCAUCAUCACAAUAUAUUGGUUCAUUCAUUGGUCGUGCCAAUUAUUUGAAUUCUACUGAUAUAAGAUUAUGUAUUCGGGCAUUAUUAUUAUGGGCAGAAGGAUAUAUUGACAGUCACGAACCUACUUUACAAUUACCUGAUCCGUUAAAACACAUGGCAUUUUAUUCAAUUACACAAACUUUGAUGUACAUUUUUUGUUUUCGGUGGAAAGACCUUCGGGAAGUAAGUGGUGGAAUGCCUCGUUGGUGUUAUGAAGUC